UAAGGACACUCAAGUCACACAAGGAAAAGAUGGAGAGGAAGGCGGGGCAGGAAAUGUGGAACCAUUUCUGGAUGUGGACGGAGACAUUGACAUCAAGCAUCGAAACUCUCGAAGAGCAUGAAAAACGCCUUCCCCAUGUACUCAACCAACUCAAGGAGUACAGAUUAAAACUGUCCUGGGAGAAAUGUACACUUUUCCAAAGGUCGGUGAGACCGAGGAAGAACUCCAACAAGGAGAGUGGCCGAGAUCUAGUCUGUCCCAUCAUUCUCAAACAGUCCAACUCUGCACUGGAAGAGGAAGAUGAGGAUACAGAUGAUAAAGACAAUACCUUCAAAGACAUUAUAAAGAUUGAGCACACUAUGGCCACGACUCUGGAGGACGUUGGCAAACAGGUAUGGCUAGGUGCCUUCCUCUUGGCUGACUUCAUCCUCUCUAAACCUCACAUGUUCAGAGGAGCUACAGUCCUAGAGCUGGGAGCGGGAACAGGCUUAACCAGCAUCGUGAUGGCAUCCGUAGCCAAAACACUGUACUGCACAGAUGUGGGAGAAGACCUUCUAAGCAUGUGCAAGAGAAAUGUGACAUUAAAUCAACACAUAAUAGAGCCUGCCGGUGGUGAAGUGAGAGUAAGACAGUUGGAUUGGCUCCAAUAUGACCUUUGUACAGAUGCUGGGGUGGAAUUUAGGUGGACAGAGGAAGAAGUUGCAGAUUUGUACGACAACACCAAGAUCAUCAUUGCUGCUGAUGUUUGCUAUGAUGAGGAUCUGACGGAUGGGCUUUUCCGGACACUGUACCGACUCUGCAGUAACUUCCGUCAUACCUGCACCAUCUUCAUCUCCUUAGAGAAAAGGAUGAACUUCACCCUGCGACACAUGGAUGUUUCCUGCGAUGCCUACAACCAUUUCAGCCACUGUCUGUUCCAACUCGAGGACCAGGUGGACGGACGGUGCAGUUUCAGAGUGGAACAGCUCCCUUCUGACUUUGCACAGUUUCUUCUGUACGAACGCAUAGAGCAACUGGAGCUGUGGAAGGUUACCGCCACUCCACUUCCAUUUCCUGCAAGCACUGUGAACACUGUACCUGCUCCUGAAGACACCAAACAGAGUCCAGUCGAGUUGAAGGUUUGAAAUGUAAUAGAAACAGACAAGUUGACAUAUAGAGUUCAUCGGGGAGUUUUAAAAAUGGUUCACUGAUUUGAGCAUAAAUGUAGAAUAAUUUAUUUUUAAAAUCUUGAUUCAUGCAUUUAUGACCAACUGUUAUUAAAGCUAUUUAAAGUCAUGCAUGUUUGUAGAUUAGAAAACAAGAUCUAAUAAAGUUUUUCAAUGUGUCUUGUAAUUUCAUUCUGGCUGCAUGCUGUUGAAAGCAUUAAUAUCUUUUAAUGUAUUUUUGUGGCAGAACAGAAUUACACAGAUACAUUUAAACACGCUUGACAAAGUCCCAGGUGUCUCCCUCUCCCCUCCCAAUCAGAGAAGAGUUGAAUCUCACAGUUGUCCCUCCUGGCUCCCUUACAGUCAAGCUGCUUGCAAAGACAACAAAAACAAGGAUUUAGUCAUUUUGUAUUGAGCCUAACUAACUUUAGUGAAUCAUAACAUAUCGGGUAUGGAAUUAAUCUGCAGAUACUCCAGUUCAAAGCAACACCAGUCAUUUCUUCAGAUGUGGGUUUUUGAGCCACAUGUCCCCUUUCGGGUCAAAGUGGCGGGAUCGGGUUAGGGUGAGUAUAAUGCCUGAUGUAGGGUGGUCCUACAGCCAGCAGCCGGACCCUUCUCCUCUAUGAUGGUAUAAAACAAUACAAGUGGGAAUCACUUGUACCUGAACAACAGGUCCUUGUAUCAUAAAUGGGUACAAAUAAUAUCAGGUUCAACUGUAUGUGAAAUUAGUCAUGGACAGACAGACAGAUACACUCAACAGAUCAAAUGAUUCAGCCUGGUGGAGAUAAUUCAUAUUAAAACAAAUCCACUUUUGUCCAUUUAGAUGCAGAUCUGUGGUUAAAAAGUGUGUUCUACGGAUGGUAAAUUGUCUGUAUAGCAUUGCUAGUCUUCGGAACGUUAUGACACUUUUAACACUACAUGUCAUCAUUCAUCCAUUCACACUCAUACACUGAUGACCAUUCACAUCCAUUCAAUGGAGUCAAGUGUGUACAGCGGAGCUGGGGAUCAAACCUAGCACUCACCACUGUCACCCACAGCUUGUGACGUGUGAAACAGAAAAAGAUUCAAAUUUUGAAGUCAUAACUAUUUUUACUUUUUUAAGGUACAAUAUGAUAUAUAAUAUAAAGAACGUUUCUGGAUGUCGUGGGGGUGUAAUAAGCAGGAUGCGCAUCCUGUUUAUUUAUCAAAAAGUCAGGUGUGGGAGUGAACAAAGCAGUGACACCUGGCAGUCACUGGGUGUAAAUAUUUAGUAACAACUAUGUAAGAAUUCCUUUGUGUGGUACGACCCGUUCUAAGUUAUGCAUUAAAGUCUAAGCUCACUUACUUGGCUAAGUUUGACAAUAUUGUACAGCUAGUGCAACCGGCUCCAGGAGAACUUCAAGAAUGUUCAUUGUGGUGUCUUCCACAGUAAGAGGCCCCCCGGGCAGACAUGAGCUGUGGUGUAUUAGAGACACAGAAACUUAAAAGUGAGUGUGUGGGAUUUA